AUGUCUCAACCCGAGAAAACCACCAUUGGUGGAGAAAGUGAAACAGUCGAGCGCUGUUUCACUAACGAUGACUUAUCCGCUGCGCCGAACACCAAAGGCGAUCUCCCUGUGAUGCGCUCUGAGGUGGACAAUCUUAGCGUCUGGGAAAGUCUUCGGCGAUACAAAAUUGUCUCUCUAGUCGCCAUGUGCGCUGCAUUUAGCGCCUCGCUCGAUGGCUACCAAAUCAAUCUCAAUGGCGGGGKUGUUUCGAACAAAGGCUUUAUUCGUCAGAUGGCUAAUCCCGGAACGACCAUCAUCGAUGGCAAGUAUGUUUCGGCAUGGGGAGGCAUCCAGUCCGCUGGUCAAACGGUCGGUCAAAUUCUUCUCCAGUACGUUACCGAAGGAUUCGGGCGUAAAAUGGCUCUUUAUGUCAUCUUCCUCACCUUUGUCGUGAGCGUCUUUAUCGAAUCUUUCGCCACCCAAUGGGAUCACUGGUUGGUUGCAAAACUCUUUUCAGGAAUGGGCGUUGGCAUGUUACAGUCGACCAUGCCACUGUACCUGUCUGAACUUGCACCAACCCAGUUGCGCGGUCUUCUUAUCAAUGCAUACAGCUUUUGGUUUGUGAUAGGUCAACUUUUUGCUUCGGUGGCCCUCAACCGCCUCAAUGCGCAUAAUCCUUACGAUUUCCGUACCCCGAUCUACACGCAGUGGGCAAUGAUUGGAGUUACAGGUAUAAUAUUCGUCUUAAUUCCAGAAUCACCAUGGUGGCUGGUUGGAAAGGACAAGUUCGACAAGGCCGAAAAGGUCCUACAGAAUUGCAAUGGUCGUGUUGAGGGCUAUAAUGUCCAGGAACAGAUUGGAAUUAUGACUGCCACAAUUACUGUUGAGCGCGAGGCUGCCCGACGUGAUAAACAGGAGGGCUCGAUGGCUGUUUUCCAGGGCCGAAACCUUCUUCGUUUUUUCAUCGCCUCUUGGCCCAAGAUUACUCAACAGCUCGUUGGCCUGUCAGUAUUCAAUACAUAUGCUACCUACUUUUUCCAGUAUGCUGGAAAUAAGAACCCCUUCCUUGUGACAGUCAUCCUGUCUUGUGUCCAGAUCAUUUCCAUGAUCUUCACUGCCGGGUUGACCGACCAACUGGGUCGUCGGCCUUUGACUGUUUACCCUUAUGGCGUGACGGUGAUUUCGGUCUUGUGCUUGGGAAUCGUGGGCUGCUUCGACUACACCAAGUCAAGUUUGAGCUCUCUUCUGAUCUUCUUCGCAUGCUUAGCCACUUUUUCAACGACAGGUGCUUCAGCCAUUGGCUAUGCGUACGCAGCUGAGAUCCCGCAGCAGCGACUGCGUGCGAAAACCGCCGGUUGGUCUCUGGCUCUAUCUAACAUGAUAGCUAUCAUGUUCAGUUUCUGCACACCUCUGAUGAUCAAUAAUGAGGGUGGGCCUCACUGGGGUGUCAAGACCGGUUUUUUCUUCGCUGCGACCGGUACGAUUGCUGUGGUUAUUGCUUGGUUUAUUCUACCAGAAGUGACUCGACGGACACCUGGUGAGAUUGAUGAACUAUUUCAGAAGAAGGUCAACCUCCGAAAGUUCGAUAAAUUCGUCACUGAGUCCCAAAUGCGCACUGAAGUUGAACGAUCUGGCUUUCCAUGA